AUGGAUGAACAGAGAUGUUUUGCACCCAACAUUUCCCAAAACUUUGGUACCCCAUCAACUCAACGUAAAGAGCAUCCCGGUUCAGGCGCAUUUAAUAAACCUCCCCAAAGGUCUCCCUCCUUAAAGGCUGACCAACAUCAGCAGGAGACAUUUCCAGCUGACCAGGAGCAGUUCUUUCAUAUAAUGAGUCAUGCACAAGAUGGCCGUAUAGAAGAUCAACGUUGCUUUUUACAACAAAGCGGAAGUACACCAGGCACAACCAGACGCAAUGAAAACGCUUUAAAUAGUGUACUUGUAGGUGCAGACGCUGAGGCAUUCUUUAAAUUCCUUGCCUUCAGUCAGGGACGACGGCUUGAUGAUCAGCGUGUCACACUACCUAACCUCCCUGGGAUAAGUGGGAUAUUUGAAAGAAAUCCAAUUGGUAGUAAUGUAAAGACUGAGAUUCCAGCCUUUCCACUACACAUGCUUUGGCCUGAAAGCACACCAGCAGCAUCAAGCAAGAACUGUUACAGACCUACCUCACCAUCUCCAAUGGCUUAUGCAGAAUCAGGCUCCCCUGCAGCCCUACCCAAAUCUUCUUCAUUUACCCCUGAGACAGAAUAUCAGAAAAAGCUCAAUUCCCCAGGACAGGUGACAGUGAGAGUGUCCUUGAGCUUCACGCCAGAGCAGGUGCAGAAGGAUAUCAGCCAACCAUUUACAUUCCCAGAAGUCUUCCUCACUCUAGGAGCCCCUGGAGAUAACCUUGUGAUCCCCCUGAGUCCAAAACCUGGCAGGCCACUUUCCUUCAACCUAAAUCUAAUCCCAAAAGAAGAUAUCAAGUCCAGGCAGUGCUCUCCAAGCCAUGCAAGUCCACAGAAAGCCUACCCAAGCCUGUCAUCCUCCAAACGACAGGAGGGGACCAUGACGAGCCCCAUCAGUCCAGAUGAAGACUGCUUCUCUCUGAUAGAGAAGGUUCACACAGCUCAGUUGCAGAAGGCUAUGGCUCAAGGUGGACACAAAUGGAAAGGUGAUCCUGGAAAGGGAAAAGAGAAAAGCGCUGCAAAGGAAGGGAAAGUGGGUUGGAAAAAAAGAUAAGGAUAGUGGCAAUAAACAAUAUUAAGGUUUUAGUGAUUGUUGAGGAAAGGAAUUUGUUGAACAAUGUUUAAACAAUUGAAAUAGAAUAUUUAAUUUGGUACCGUAGUAAGUAAUAUGCUUGUUUUUAUUUUCAGAACCGUAUAGGUAAUUUGUUGAAGCAUUUGAUGCUACUUUUUCCUUUGCUGGUUAAAUGUCCUGUACAGAUGGUCUAUUAGUUUCAAGCCUAGUCAUGUGGGUAAGAACUCUUUGCUUUUUCAAUGUAAAUACAGUAUAUGAAGUUAAAGAUAAUGCAGCUUAAACUGCUUAUCCAAAGAGAGAAAUUGUAGGUAGGCUGGAAUUAACGUCAUUAUUAUGCCAAACAAUAAAAACAGAAAUGA